AAGAAGAACUAUUAUGUAAAGGAAUUUUAAGAGCAAUUAGCUCUUUAACACCAAUUUCUGAAGAGCAAUGUCAAAAAUUAGAAGGACAAUGUCUCUGUCAAACACAUUAUAAUCGAGAAAUUGUUAAUAAAACUUAUUAUCAAAUACAUCAAACAAAAUUAAAUGAAUAUUUUACAAAAUUAACAGGAAAGGCAGCAUAUAGGUCAUUAAAAGAUAUUUUAUCAUAUAUUAUUUCUUCUUUAAUUCAAAAUGGAAUUCUUCAAUUAUCAAAUCCAACUUUACAUAUUCAAAUUUCAGAAGAUGGCCAUAAUAAAUUUUUGGCAAUUUGUUUGAGACAUAAGGCAGCUAAUGCAGAAGAUUUUUGCCUUUGGUGCUUAAUUAAAAAAAAACAAAAUGGAAUUAUGACAUAUGACUGGACUAUAUCUAAACAUAUAGAGAAUAUUAAUCUUAAUUAUUCCAAAAUAUGUGGCCAUAAAAGUAAACCUUUAUUUUUUAUAAUUUCUCUAACUUAUUGGGUUAUUGAUGAACUUUAUGUAAUGUUACGAAUAACAGAUUGGUUAUGGUUACUUUUAGUUUUAGAGAUUGGUAUCAAAAAUAAUUCUAAAACAUCAACAUCUUUAACAGAAGUAGACAAGCUAAAAGUAUUACAAAAUUUUAAUUUAGAUUUGAUAUUUUUAGAUAAACAUCAUGCUCAGUUAAUUCAACAAUUAUGGAAUUGUUUUAAUAAACUUUAUGAAGACAUGCAUAAACAAUGUAUAGAUAGUAUUGAAUUCAAAAAAAAAGCAUUAGAUUGGAUAAAUUUGUUUCUAAUUUCAUCUUUGGGUAAUUCUAAUUCUUUAUAA